AGCAGAGUGGCGCACGACAGACGGAGGGAGGGAGAUCCAGAUCGCAUCUCAUCUGCUGCAUGCAUUCCCAUGGCCCUCUCGUGUUGAACUGAUUCUCAUUCCGAUUCCGAUCUGUACCACCAGCACGCACUCCUAGUCCGUUUAAAACCCCCCGAGGCGCGGCCGGCAUUCGCAGCUCGCUCCAGGCUCUCCUCUUCUUCUUCAAAGAAGAAGUCAGCCUCCAGCCAUGGCGGACCUGCAGACGCCGCUGGUGCGACCAAAGAGGAAGAAGGUUCUGGUGGACUACCUGGUGCAGUUCCGAUGGAUCCUCGUCAUCUUCGUGGUCCUUCCGGCCUCCGCUCUCAUCUACUUCAACAUCUACCUGGGCGACAUGUGGUCUGCCAUGAAGUCGGAGAAGAAGCGCCAGAAGGAGCACGAUGACAACGUGCAGAAGGUCGUCAAGCGGCUCAAGCAGCGCAACCCCAAGAAGGACGGCCUCGUCUGCACGGCCAGGAAGCCCUGGAUCGCCGUCGGCAUGCGCAACGUGGACUACAAGCGCGUCAGGCACUUCGAGGUCGACCUCUCCGCCUUCAGGAACAUCCUUGAGAUCGACGCCGAGAGGAUGGUUGCCAAGGUCGAGCCGCUCGUCAACAUGGGCCAGAUAUCCAGGGCCACUUGCCCGAUGAACCUCUCCCUCGCCGUGGUGGCGGAGCUCGACGACCUUACUGUCGGCGGCCUCAUCAAUGGCUACGGCAUCGAAGGGAGCUCUCACAUCUACGGGCUCUUCUCCGACACGGUGGUUGCGCUCGAGAUCGUCCUUGCUGAUGGCCGGAUCGUCAGAGCCACCAAGGACAACGAGUACUCCGACCUCUUCUAUGGCGUGCCCUGGUCUCAGGGAACCCUUGGGUUCCUUGUUUCAGCUGAGAUCAAGCUCAUCCCCAUCAAGGAGUACAUGAGGCUCACCUACACUCCGGUGAAGGGCCCUCUGAAGGAGUUGGCGCAGGCCUAUGCCGACGCCGUCGCGCCGAGAGACGGUGACCCUGCAAAGGUCCCUGACUUCGUCGAAGGGAUGGUGUACAACGCGACGGAAGGCGUCAUGAUGACUGGUGUGUACGCCUCCAAGGAGGAGGCCAAGAAGAAGGGCAACAAGAUCAACAGCGUGGGGUGGUGGUUCAAGCCAUGGUUCUACCAGCACGCGCAGACGGCGCUGAAGAAGGGCGAGUUUGUGGAGUACAUCCCUACGAGGGAGUACUACCACAGGCACACCCGGUGCCUGUACUGGGAGGGGAAGCUCAUCCUGCCCUUCGGCGACCAGUUCUGGUUCAGGUUCCUCUUUGGCUGGCUGAUGCCCCCCAAGGUGUCCCUGCUCAAGGCCACCCAGGGCGACGCCAUCAGGAACUACUACCAUGACAACCAUGUCAUCCAGGACAUGCUGGUGCCCCUGUACAAGGUUGGAGACGCUCUGGAGUUUGUUCACCAGGAAAUGGAGGUGUACCCGCUGUGGCUGUGCCCUCACCGGCUGUUCAAGCUUCCGGUGAAGACGAUGAUCUACCCGGAGCCAGGGUUCGAGCACCACCAGCGGCAGGGGGACACGAGCUACGCGCAGAUGUUCACGGACGUGGGGGUGUACUACACGCCGGCCUUCAUCUUCAGGGGGGAGCAGUUCGACGGCGUGGAGGCGGUGAAGCGGCUGGAGCAGUGGCUGAUCGAGAACCACAGCUACCAGCCGCAGUACGCGGUGACGGAGCUGAACGAGAAGGACUUCUGGCGCAUGUUCGACGCGUCGCACUACGAGCACUGCCGGCAGAAGUACGGCGCCGUGGGCACCUUCAUGAGCGUCUACUACAAGAGCAAGAAGGGGCGCAAGUCCGAGAAGGAGGUCCAGGAGGCCGAGGCCGCCAUCCUCGAGCCCGCCUACGCCGACGAGGCCUAGCUCCAUGUUUCGGUUUCGGUUUCUUGUGAGGACGAGGAGAUGCUGGUCGUCGUCGGCCGUUCGGAGCUGUGGAUUAAUUGAUUUCCUUUUUUGGUUGCUUCCUUAAUUAAUAAGUAGAACUUGAUGGAUCGUGUAGCGUUGGAACCUGAUGAUUCGGAUUGCGUAGCACUCUGUCGUUGCUGCUGUCUGGCAGCGCUUGAUUUGCCCCCUUUUCUUAUCCGUGGAAUUGGAAUUGGUUAGAGCUUAAAUCAGGAGGAUGUGUAUGUUAUUGUUAUCCCUGUUUUGAUUGACUGGAAUAAUGAUGUGAUGGAUGCUUUGUGGUGAA